GCCGUGACUCGCCGCCGCCGCGCUCGCAGCAGCCGGGUCGAGCCGCCCCGCCGCUCCGGAGGCGAGACCCCACGCGGGGCACCGGCGCAAUACAUUUCAUCUGCUCAUGAAUGGACUCUUAAAAGACUUUACACAAAAUACAUAUGAAAAUGGAAACUUCAUCUUUGCUGUCCUCCUUACAUGAUGAAUGCAGAUCAGACAACUAUAUUGAACCUCAUUACAAGGAAUGGUACCGAAUAGCUAUUGAUGCUCUGAUUGAAGGAGGUUUAGAAGCCUACAAAGAAUUUCUUUCCAAAGAGAGAUGUUCAGAGUUCCUAGCGGAUGAGGAAAUUGAUUAUAUUUUGAACAAUGUUCACAAACUUCCCCAAAACACAAUUUAUUCCUCUAACCAUGCUAUUGAUGACACCUCUUCCUCGGGAACCUACUGGCCCAUUGAAUCAGAUGUGGAAGCUCCAAAUCUUGACUUAGGUUGGCCCUAUCUGAUGCCUGGAAUUUCUGGUGGCACAAAUAUUGAUCUGCUUUUUCAUCCACCACGAGCACAGCCUUACACCAUAAAGGAAACUGUUCGGAAGAUGAUACGAGAUGCAAGAAAGGUCAUUGCCAUUGUUAUGGAUAUGUUUACAGAUGUGGAUAUUUUUAGAGAAAUCGUGGAGGCAUCUGCUAGAGGGAUUGCAGUGUAUAUCCUGCUUGAUGAAUCGAAUUUCAGUCACUUUCUGAAGAUGACAGAGAAACAAGGCUGUCAAGUUCAGAGGCUCAGGAAUAUGAGGGUGCGGACAGUGAAAGGACAAGAUUACUAUUCUAAAACAGGAGCAAAAUUCCAUGGAAAAAUGGAACAAAAAUUUAUUCUUGUUGACUGUAAGAAAGUCAUAUAUGGUUCUUACAGCUUUAUGUGGUCAUUUGAAAAAACCAACCUCAGUAUGGUUCAAGUUAUCACAGGACAGCUUGUUGAAUCCUUUGAUGAAGAGUUCAGGACACUGUAUGCCCGUUCUUCCGUUCCCAGCUCGUUUGCCCCAGAAUUAGUGCGGGUAAACAGUCGCAAGACACUUUGGGAUAAUGAAACAUACCAACAUUCAGUGUCUUCCUUGGCUUCAGUUUCUAGCCAAAGAAACCUUUUUGGUAGGCAAGACAAUGUUCUCAAGAUAGAUACUGUUUGGAAAUCUCGUGGAAGAUAUGCAGUAAAUGAAAUAGAUAAAUAUGGCUUGAGAAAUCAAGCCUAUAAUAAGCAACCAUUUAAUCCAGCUUUUAAUGUUCAAAAUCCAAUCCAGCAGUAUCAACCUAGUGAAAAAAAUGAGCACUGGAAGAGACAUAGUUAUGCUGGAGAGAAACCAGAAAGGACACCUUACCUAUUGCUCAACAGAGCUAUUAACAGAGCAAACAAUCUACAAAAUACUUGGAAAAUGCCAUCUGAUAGCCUUAGUAUUGUUUCAUCAUUACGAGGAGGAUAUGCAAAUAACUACAAUAUUCCCCAGCAAAGUUUUGCUGAUCAGUUCUCACGACCAAAGGUAAAUCUUGCAGAGAGAAAUUCAAUUGUACGGAGGUCUUUUAAUGGGACAGAUAAUCAUAUCCGCCAUCUGCAGCAGAGGAUGCCAACCCUUGAGCACACAACAAAAUCAUUCCUACGUAACUGGCGAAUAAAGUCCUAUUUGAAUGACCAGUCAGAUUAUCCAGUAGAGUCAAAUGGGUCAGCCUUGGGUGACAGAUAUGAUAGCUAUGACACAACUGAAAAUAUUAAAGCUCACGCGCUGUACUCUCAUUCUCGCUUGCGAUCGUCACUGGUGUUUCAGCCAACUUUACCAGAACAGCAGGAAGUAAGCAGCUGUGCAAGUUCUUCAAAUUCAACUAUAAUUGGGUCAGAAGGAAGUGCAACACCCAAAGGGACAUCUAACCAUGCUCCGAGUGUGGAAGAUAGAACGGAUAAUAAUUUAGAGGAGCUUGGCACAAAGUCUCCUCUUAAAUCAGAUGUACCAACAGGCCACAGAAUUCAGAUUGCAAACGACGCAAAACCUAGUGUAAAUUCAAAUGCAGCUGGCGACUCAUCAAUGUAUUUGUACACAACAUUGUGCACAGACAAACAUGCAGAAAAUUUGAAGAACCUUCAAAAUGAAAAUAUGCUCAAAAGGAGAAGUUUUCCCAUGUUUAAUUCCAAGUCCAUAUUGGAUCCUGGUACCAACAAACAUGCAUCCAAUUAUGUUUACAGCACAUUGACUAGGCACAGACUUAAGCAGCCAGUUAGUCCAAAACUUCCAGAAGACAUGCUGAAGAGUGCUAAAAGUUUGCAUAGUGUAGCCAACCACUCACCACAGGAGGAAAAGGACCUGAAAGGAGAGCUGAAGAACCCGACUGCUAGCAAGGCAAUCUCCAUGGCGGCUCUCACUGAAGCUAGCAGGGAGGACUCUAGUAAGGAUUCCACAUCAAAGAAAGAAAGUAAGAAUUCCCCAAGUUUUCUGAAGAAAGGAUCCCAGAAACUGCGGUCACUUCUUAAUCUCACACCAGACAAGAAGGAAAACCUGUCAAAAAACAAAGGUCCUGCCUUUUACAGAAUGUGUAGUAGUUCUGACACAUUGGUUUCUGAAGAUGAGAAUCAAAAACCAAAGAUUUCUGAAAACAAGACAGAUUCUUCCCCAAGGAGAAAAAGAAAUUCAUCAUCAAAUUCUCAAGGUAGUUUGAACAGAAGUAAAGAAGAUGUCACCGGGAGUCCAACAAAGUCUCCGAAGUCUCCGAAGUCACCGAAAUCUCUAAAACCUCCAUCUGAUGAGAGCAAUAAAAAGUGUCCUCUCUUGUGCCCCCUUGAAAGUAAAUUCAUAGAAACUGCAGGAGAUCCAUCUACUCCAAGAUUUAAUACAGAACAGAUUCAGUAUCAAGAUGCAAAGGACAUCUCCACAAAUGCUACUUCUGAAAGUGCUCCUGUUUCUGCUCUCCAAAGAGCAAGUUCAGUGACACCACAGAUGACAAGCUCAAAGCACCAAGAACAGCUGAGAUCUCGUUUGAGUGAAAGGCGUGUUUAUAGUCGCUUUGAGCCAUUCUGUAAGAUGGAAAAUGCCAGCCAACCUGCAGGAAAUGCAGCCAACAGCAGUUCUCAUCUAUCAGAUAUCAAAAGCAAGACCUUAGGAAAUAAUUACGGCAGGAGUAAUCACAUGGUCAGCUACAACUCAACUGCCUACCAUCCAUUGCAGCCUAAUGAAAACAAGCUGAGAGGAUUUAUGCAAAAGUUUGGGAACUUCCUACACAAAAACAAGUAAUGUUAUAAUUUUGUUGAUUAUACUGAAAUACAACAAGAAUGGCAAAGCUGGACAUAAUCUUAACUGGACAAAGACUCGUGGCUUUUAUAGAGUUACUUGGAUUUCUUCUUGGGUUUAGGACGUUGGAACAAAUGUACAUAUUUUUAAAAAUAAUUAUUCUAGAAUUGUUAUACUUAAAUCUUCACAGAAAUUCUCUGUCCAGAAGAUGUCUCAAGGAAGUUGUUUAUAUAUAGUGUUGAUAUUGUAAGAUUAAUUUUAUACAUUUUCCUUGUGAAGAAAAUACAUUCUAGUAUAUUUUAAGAUUAAUAAACAUGGGGUAAAAAAGAUGGGGGAUGUUUUUAAACUUCAGAUAAUACUGUCUCCAAAGAUUUGCCCCUCAAAAAUAGGAUAGCACUAGGAAUAGUAAAUAGUAUUUUUUCAGCAUUUAUGUACACUUUCAAAUGAUAAACACAAAUGUUAAUGCAUUGCAUGUUACUUAUCUUUAAUUUUUGGAAACCUGUUUUAGGUUUCAUCUUGUUAAUAAUUUACCCCCUAGCAUCUAUUGAACUGUUUGGGCAGUAGAUGGAUCUGUCUUUAUUGAAUUUUCUGUGUAAUAUGAUAUUUUUCUGAAGUAUUUGACACACAGAUUUGAAAGUGACCUUAAUCUGAGUUUUCACGGACUUGUUUACAUGGUUAAACUAGUGUGAAUGUAGAAUGAACAUUGAAAAAACCUAUUUAUAUAAAAGGUGCCUUGAACAUAACCUACAAUUAGUUUAAAUUUCAAUGGAUUAAUUACAUUUGUACAGCAUGCCAGUAUUCUGUAAUGUCUUUGUUAAAAAAGCUUUUUUAUUACAUUUUUCUUUUUGGUGUUUAAAAAGAAAAUUUCUGUGGACCUCCAUUUCUCAGGUAAGUUUUUGAGUUUCACAUGUAACAGUCUCUUGUAAUGUUGCCAGAUAUUUUUGCAA